AUAUAAUUAACAUGGUUCACACAUCUGAAGUUUUAUUUUUACACUUUACCUCUCUGGUUGUGCACUUGUUCCUCUGUCAUUAUAAGUCCUACGAGUCACGGCGUCGUCGUCGCCAUCGAUACCACCUGGUCAGAGAGACAGAGAGUAUAUAGACAGUACGACAAGAGUAUAGAAAACUGCAUCGUCUACUCCGAGUCGGGCAACAAAUAAUGCCCCUUAGCUGCAUAAAACUGUUGAUGUCAUUAAAGAGCACGUAAGAACUAAAACUGUGCAACAAAUGGACGGUCCAUCAUCAAAUAAUUGGCGGAGACCUACAACUUCACCAUAUAUCAAAAUCGUCGAACAGCCUGCUUCAAAAGCAUUGAGGUUUAGAUAUGAGUGUGAAGGUAGAUCAGCCGGAAGUAUACCUGGAGUUAAUAGUAGCACUGAAAAUAAAACCUACCCUACAAUUCAAAUAGUAGGUUAUAAAGGCAGGGCUGUUGUUGUAGUAUCAUGUGUUACAAAAGAUGGACCAUAUAGAUCUCACCCUCAUAACCUUGUGGGACGUGAUUGCGAUAAAGGAAUUUGUACUAUAGAAAUUAAUAAUGAAUCAAUGGUGGCAAGUUUUCAGAAUUUGGGAAUACAAUGUGUAAGAAGAAAAGAUAUUGGCGAGGCACUCAAAGUACGAGAAGAAAUAAAAGUACAUCCAUUUAAAAUUGGAUUUUCACAUAAAGAGAACCCAACUUCAAUAGACUUAAAUGCAGUAAGGUUGUGUUUUCAAGCUUUUAUUAGCGGUACACACAAAGGAGAAAAUAUUAUUCUUGAACCAAUUGUAUCAGAUCCAAUUUAUGAUAAAAAAGCGAUGUCGGAUUUAUCGAUAUGUAGAUUAAGUGAUGCAGCAGCUUCGGUUGUAGGUGAUAAAGAAAUCAUAUUAUUAUGUGAAAAAGUAACAAAAGAUGAUAUCCAAGUAAGAUUUUUUGAGGAAAACGGCGGUAAGUGCAUUUGGGAAGACUAUGGUGUUUUUAAAGCUUCAGAUGUACAUAAACAAGUGGCUAUUUGGUUUAAAACUCCAAAAUAUAAAACAACAGAGAUUGACAAUCCAGUUAAUGUAUGGAUUCAGUUAAAAAGACCUUCGGAUGGCAUAUGUAGUGACGCUCUCCCAUUUACGUUCACUCCGGAUUAUUCAGAUCCGGCCAUGUUGAAAAGGAAAAGACAGAAAUUAUCUAGCGAAAGUGAACUUUUGAAUAAAUUACAGAGUAACCCUAUUAUUCAGUCAUCUAAUUGCACUGUUGGAAUGGUUGACCAAUUAUUGUCAAUUUCUGAACCAAUUACAGAAUAUCCAGAAACUAGUCCUAAUCCCUAUAGUGGUUUAUAUCCUAAUUCGAGUGUUCUUCAAAAUGAAAAUCAAUUCCCAAACGUAAAUUCUACCUCAUUGUAUGGGCCGACUACAUUACUAAGUACCAAUAAUCGACAACUUACAGGAAUUCAAAAUUUUGCGUACACUAUUACAAAUGUAUGUCCUACAGUUAAUAAUAAUGAUCCAACACCUCAAAAUAAUUAUGCUCCACCAACUACAACACCUUUACCAUACCCAGCAGAAAGCAAUAAUGAGUCUGAUCUUACGGAAACUUCAUUCUCAUGUUUAGAUUAUAAUGACUUUAGAACCUUGUUUGGAGAGUCCAAUCAAAAUAUAGAAGCCCAAGACAAUAUAAAUGUGUCUGACAGUUUUGAUCGAAUUGCUGAUAACUCUCUUAAAGAAUUCUUUCAGUCAUCUAAUUGCACUGUUGGAAUGGUUGACAAAUUGUCAAUUUCUGAACCAAUUACAGAAUAUCCAGAAACUAGUCCUAAUCCCUAUAGUGGUUUAUAUUCUAAUUCGAGUGUUCUUCAACAUGAAAAUCAAUUCCCAAACGUAAAUUCUACCUCAUUGUAUGGGCCGACUACAUUACUAAGUACCAAUAAUCGACAACUUACAGGAAUUCAAAAUUGUGCGUACACUAUUACAAAUGUAUGUCCUACAGUUAAUAAUAAUGAUCCAACACCUCAAAAUAAUUAUGCUCCACCAACUAAAACACCUUUACCAUACCCAGCAGAAAGCAAUAAUGAGUCUGAUCUUACGGAAACUUCAUCCUCAUGUUUAGAUUAUAAUGACUUAAGAACCUUGUUUGGAGAUUCCAAUCAAAAAAUAGAAGCUCAAGACAAUAUAAAUGUGUCUGACAGUUUUGAUCGAAUUGCUGAUAACACUCUUAAAGAAUUCUAUGAGUUUUACACAAACUGUAAUUAAUUGUUGUUAGUUAAAAAUAUCUAAUUUAUGAUUAGGUAAAAUAUUAUAUAUAAUAUACACUGUUUUUCUUUUUACAAUAUUUCUAUACAGAUUUUAUCCAUUUGACAUAUUUUUUUGGAAAUAAACAAUCAAAUGUUUGCAAUUGAAGAAUGGACGUCUGUUGAAAAUAUUAUAUAAAAUAAAAUUUUGACCAAUCCAAAGUUACCGGAGUUAAUAUAUUUUUUAUUUUACCUGUUUCCUAAUAUACUUCACGGAACAAUUCUAGUUUAGCUCCCAAGUGAUUUUUUGGAAUUUAUUUUUUUGUGAAAUGUGUGUUUUUGUAUGGUUUUUGUAAUGGUACUUUAAAAAAAAUCGCUUAAUCUUCUAAAGGAAGUUAUGUUCAAAAAACUUCAAAAUACUCGAUUUUCAAGUUUCAAGUUUCGAAGUUAUGACACUUCAAAUAAGGCAGUGAUUACACAGUUUGUGGCACUCGUCGCUGCGCUCCUCGGCGCCGUCGCUCCGCUCAGAAAAUCGAAAAUAUCCCCCGACUUGCUGUGUAACACCACCUCAAGUAGAUCACAGAGUAAGUUAUGUCGUAGAGUACGUGCAGUGAUUACACAUUUUGUAGCACUCGUCGUUGGGUCCUCGGCCAAACCUGAGAGUCGAGUCCCCCUCGCGGCAUUACAAAGUAUAGUGUUCCGCGCAUUGGUAUAAACGUGAAAUCGCUAACUUUAGAAGGCCAUACCAUCGAAAAAAUGUCCGAACAACUUUUUUUUUUAAAGUACCAUUAAAAAAGCAUACUAAAACACACAUUUUUAAAAAAAAUUUCAAAAAAUCUCUUGGGAGCUAUCUAGAAUUAUGCCAC